GCUAAACAGACACAGCAGGCGAGGCAGAGAGAACAGGGCAGAGAGAUGAGAGCUGUCACUUCACGAAACAAACCAGUCCUCUUUCGCAUAACUCCAUGAACAAACAAGCAAGGCUCAGCAAUCAUUUAGGCUACUGUAGAGGUUUUAUUUUUUCUUCUUCAAAGAGACGAAUAGACCCCCUUUUGGAUCCGUUUACUCUUAAAUACCGUCCAUCCAAACAAACACCUGCUUGAGGAGUUCUUUAUGCUCGGAUGAGCCACUUCACCAAGGGACUAUAAUUCCUACUUCAUGUGAACGAAUAAGUGCCGAUGAUCAUAAUGCUUGCUAGCCCUGUUAUUUCUGCCUCCACCACGCCGUUCUCAGUCAAGGACAUACUGAAGUUGGAGCUUCAGCAGCAGUCUCAGCAGCAGCGGCUCGCCUCACACCUUGGGCCGCCCCAUGAGUGCUCUCACCCCGGGCCGCAGCAGCACGGCUUCGCCAUCCAGUCGCCCCCGUCUUGUAUGCUGGCCGGCAGAGACAGGGACAGUCCCAGCCCCGGGCUCUUGGAGAGAGAGGCGAGGAUGUCCUACCUGAGUAGUCUGACGGUGCAGGAGCGGCUGAUGGAGACGUGUCUUGCCGGGGAGAUAUUCACUUCCCCGGGGCUACAGGGACACUCAGCCGACACCAGCCUGGAAGUUGAGCAGGAGGACAUCGACACCAGUGAGUGGGUGUUCGAUUACCAGCAUACAUAGUAUCCUAACUAUUUGAUUUUAAAAGAAAGUAUUAUAUUCUAUUAUUCUAGCUCUAUUAUGAUUGCUGUAUUCUAGAUUAUCAUGCUCGUUUAUUAAGUCCGAUUACAUGAUAAUACACCCAUAAUACACCCAUUAAUAUAUAUUUUUUAUUCCAUUUAACUAGACAACUUAAGUUUAACGAUUAUUACAAUAUUAGCGCCAUUUAUAGAAAGCGAUAGCUUGUAAAUGUCUCACUUGAAAAAUAUAUUUGUCAUCUACAUGCAGCGCACACCUGUAAAUAAACGAUAAAUAGUUUUGGAGAAAAUAACGCUCCAAACGACAGCAUUUUGACAAAUCGUGCAUGGCCGAAUCACCAGAUAUAAAUAUAUAUGAGCAAUCCAACAUCAUUCGUUUUAAGAAAUAAUUUAAAGAGCCAUGUUGUUUGUCAGAUAAAUGUACCUACUGCACUGAAAUUAACCUUUAGAUAAGACAGAAAUGAUGUUCCGCACACUUGAUUUCCUUUUUAGAAAUUACAAGUAAUAUUGGGCCAAAUGCUUUAAUUAGGCCUAUACGUUGAAUACAACCUAAUUAUUUAAUGUAUUUACUAUUUAGGGUGAUGUCAGCAUUAGUGGGACAUCAAGUGUAGUGGGACAUUUGUGUUUGAGGGUACUGUACUAUGGUAAUUUUGCAACCCAAUCAGAACAAAUGUCAUUGGGUUGUUGCAAAUGUGUUCUCGGCAUGAAAACAUGGUUUUGUUUAGUGUGGUCAGAUUUCUUAGAUGGGGUGACCCGUUGAAACUCCUGAAAAAACGUCAUACAUAUGAAACCUUGAGCUAGAAUGAUAAUUCUGUCCUUCUGUCAAUUACAAUUCAACAAUCUAGCUUUUUAAUAACCAUUCAUGUAAACAGUUAUGAAUGCGUAGCUGCUGGAAGUAGGGGCGCUGAGGGUGCUGCAGCACCCCCUGAAAAAACUGCAUUGAAUGACAGUGGAAGGCAUUAGAGGGACAUUACAAGAGUAUAAAAGAAAGAAAGGAAACACAAUGACAUGAAAAGGAGGAUAGAAAAUAGGCUACAUUUAUGAAAGGGGACAGAAUUUGAAUAUGGGGGAUAGUAGAGGUGUUUCAGGAUCAAGUAAAAGCUGUGCAGACUCCUUUAGUUAGAUUUUCACCAAGAGCUUGGAAUGUCCCCAAUUCAAUUUUCUAAGGGCAUGGAGGGGGGUUCAAUAAAAUAUUAUUGUAUAAAAACAGAGAGUGUGUUAUCUACAAGCCUCUACAAAGGCUUAUUAGUGAGUUCAUAACAAGUGUGAGGUGAAGUGGAACACUAAUGUAUUUUUCUAAUGAGAAAAUAGUAUCCUAGUAAAAAAAUAUCUAAAGUGUCCCACCAACACUGAUAGCCAUGCUUUAGCAAAGGUACGGGUCUGAUGUUGUUUUGGGGUUUUUAGCAUCUCCUGAAUAAUAAAUGAUCAAGUUGUUUCAUCAUAAAAAUGUAGAUAAGACCUUAAUUAAUUAAAAAUAAACAUCACUUGAGUAUGUGUAGACUGAUUUUGAUUGUCUACAUAGUGAUCUACCAAAAAGUGUCCCACUUUUGCAUUUCACCCUAUUUAGACCAGGGAUGUAAAAAAAAUGAAAUAAAAAAAACUCAGUCAGUCUCAAAUUACUGUUGAGCUAACAUAUUUGAGAUUGGUAAAUUAGUCUAGCCAGCUAUCUAAACUUGUAGUAAUCAUGGUUGAAUUACCAACCCGGGGGCCCCCAUUGAUUUUGUUAGUCACUCUCACUCAGAUAUCAUGUUAAAAACUGCAAACAUUUAUCUCCAUACUACAUUUCACUUAGGGCCCCCAAAAGGCUAGGGCCGGCUCUGACUACAUGUGUGGUGGGUAGGGAUGUGGGUAUGCAGACCCGUGAGCCACUGCCACUACUCAUGAUGAGUUCAGAUUUCUUUUUUCUUUGUUGCCCAUCCCUGAUUUAGAUGUUCCCAUUAAGAUGAAUAAAUAGAUUUUAAGUAAAAACCAGUUUCAAGCCACAGACUACAUGAAAACAACAAUAUUUUAACAACAAAUCAUAGGUAGGCCUAUCGAUUUCAUUUUCCCUGAUAGGCUAAAUUGAUAUUCGUGUCAUUGAUUAGUCAAAGACUCCACUCUGCUGGUGUCCAAUGUCUAAAUCAGUGCCUAGAGGAAUUAUGAAAAACAUCAGUAGCCUGCGGACCUCCAGGAUUAGAAUAGCUAUUUUGUAUAGAAUGAAAGAAUGGAUUGAUCUGUCGUCAACUAUGACUAAAAUAUCUCCCCCCUCUCUUUCUCGAGAACCUUGUGGCCUAAUAGGAGUGAGGGACUGCGAGGAGUCCACGCAGGCGCACUCGGACUUGGAGAAACCCCCAAAACAGCAGAGGACCCGGAGGAAACCACGCAUACUCUUUUCCCAGGCGCAGGUGUUCGAGCUCGAGCGGCGCUUCAAGCAGCAGCGUUACCUAUCCACCCCGGACAGGGAACACCUGGCGGACACUCUGAAACUGACCUCCACACAGGUCAAAAUCUGGUUUCAGAACAGGAGGUAUAAGUGUAAACGGCAGCGGCAGGACAAGACCCUAGAGAUGGCCGGACACCCACACCAUCCUCCCCCGCCAAGGAGAGUGGCAGUCCCGGUGCUGGUGCGUGAUGGGAAGCCCUGCCUGGCUGGAUCUCAGAACUAUAAUACAUCCUACACUGUUGGAGUGGGUAGCCCCUAUAGUUAUAAUGGCUACCCGGCAUACAAUAACCCGGUAUAUACUAACACUUACUCAUGCACGUACUCCAGCCUGCCUGCUCUAGCGCCCAGCACUACUGCUAACGCCUUUAUGAAUAUGGGUCUAGGGAACCUGGGAGUGUCGCAGUCUCAGGCCCAAACACCACAGGGAACAGCCUGCCAAGGAACUCUGCAGGGCAUUCGGGCCUGGUAG